AUGCUGACCCCGAAACUAGAGCACGCAACCAGGGCGAUUUCACACACUCCACACAGGUUGGGUGCCGACGGGGAGGGGAGAGUACCAACAUCACUGUAAGUGACCGUACGGGGCCCCACUGAGACAGACCCACACUGUAAAUUCACCCGGUGUUCCCGACUCUGGGACAGCCCACCAGGCGCGGGAACGAUCACACCCGGUACAGGGUCGGAGUCACACCUGCACACCCGGAGGAUACGCCAGACCGUACACUCCACCACUCCAGACAGACUCCCCCACACCCACCGCCAUACCACAUCAUCCUACUGACACCACCGCGGGGACGCCGCCCUAUCGCAGAGAUGGCAGCCUCACGGGGAUUUGUUCCGGCUCAACUGACAUACUGGUCCAAUAAUAUCCAGGGGCUUAACACGCCUGAAAAGCGCUCGCACCUGGCAAGGUGCCUAAGGUCAGUAACAGCUUCCGUGGCGUUCCUGCAGGAGACGCAUUUCCGAGGGGUAGACGCUCCCAAACUGGAGACCAGACGUUUCCCGCAGGGAUUCUACGCGAAUCACCCGGACGCUAAGAAGGCAGGCGUGGCAAUACUCUUUGCACAGACGACGCCGUUCCAACACAUAGCAACACAGGUGGACCCUAACGGCAGAUUUAUUUUCGUCAAGGGCACCAUCAUGCAACACACAUAUACCUUUGCGUGCCUUUACGGCCCAAAUAGAAAACAGCACACAUUUCUAGCCCGGACGCUAGCCAAAUUGGAGAAGUUCAGAGAGGGCCUCCUGGUCAUGGCAGGUGACCUCAACUUACCUCUGGACCCCCGCACGGACACCUCCAGAGGGCAGACCGUGAUCCCCGCGCAUUGCAUACGAGCAGCGCAACGAUCUCUACACAAACUUGGCCUUGUGGAUUGUUGGAGGGCAUGCAACCCUGAAGAUCGGGACUAUACCCACUAUUUGGCAGUCCAUACAAAUUACAGUCGCAUUGACUAUAUAUUCCCGCACAGGAAUAUCUCAACCUUCUCCACGAAGCACAAAUAG